UCGUCACCGCCAGUGCAACUAUCCCUCUUCAUUCGUAACUUCCCCUCCGAACGCUUCUUUAUAUCUCCUCUUUCCCUCCGAAUCCCGUCGAGAUUUAUCUCACCAAUUUGCUUCUUUGUUUCUCUUCUUGCAAAUAGACAAUCAAACAAUCAUGAUGGGUCUGGAGGCGUUCUUAGGGUUUGCCUCAAUCAGGGCGAGAAAAGAGAGGGAGAGCCUCGCCCGCUCCGACGCCGCCGCCUCAGACUGCCGCACCGCCAUACCUUCCUCCCUUCCCUCCGACGUAGAUCCCCUCCUCUUUCCCACUCCUCGCGGCGGUGACUCCCCUCCGCCGUCGUCCUCCUCCGUCCUCGAGCCGCCUUCCUACGCAGACGUUGUCUUCAGCCCCUUUGAAUCCAGCAAUGGCGCGUCCGAUCAGGGGCCCUUCCUUCGCCUCGAUGCCUCCCCCAGAUCUGCCCGCGCCGUCGCCUCCGAUUACCGCCGUAUCGCCGUAUCCGACCCGCAGACAGAGGUGGAGGCCUCGAACUCGCUCGUCCCAGGCGGGACGACCUACGUCACCUACCUCAUUACCACCCGCGUCCGUCCGGGCUCCGAUGACGCCGGCCCCGAGUUCAGCGUCCGGCGGCGGUUCCGCGACGUUGUGACGCUCGCUGACCGGCUUUCUGAGGCAUACCGCGGCUUCUUCAUCCCGCCGCGGCCUGAUAAGAACCUGGUCGAUAGCCAGAUAAUGCAGAAGCACGAGUUUGUGGAGCACCGACGGUUGGCGCUCGAGAAGUACCUGCGGAGGCUCGCGGAGCACCCGGUUAUUGGGAAAAGUGAUGAGCUUAGGGUGUUCCUGCAGGAAAAGGGGAAGCUGCCGCUGCCAACGACGACCGACGUGGCUUCGAGGAUGAUGGAUGGGGCGGUACGGCUGCCGAAGCAGCUGUUCGGGGAGUGGGCGGCCGCACAAGUCGCGCCACAGGACAUCGUCCAGCCUGCGAAGGGCGGCAGGGAUUUGCUGAGGAUAUUUAAGGAAUUGAAGCAGGCCGUGGUCAAUGACUGGAGUGGAGUGAAGCCAUCGGUCGUGGAGGACAAGGAGUUUUUGGAGAGGAAGGAGAAGAUGCAGGACCUCGAAUGGCAGCUGACCCCCGCAUCACAGCAGCAGGCUGAAGCUCUUAUUAGAUCACAACAAGAUGUCAGUGAAAUAAUGGGAGGGUUGGGUUUGACCUUCAUCAAACUGAUAAAGUUUGAGACUGAGGAGAGUGUAUACCGCUCGCAGAGGAUACGAGUUGCUGAUACCAAAAAUGUCGCAACUGCUGCAGUAAAAGCAAGCAGAUUAUAUCAAGAAUUGAAUGCUCAAACUGUCAAACAUCUGGACACACUGCAUGAGUAUCUAGGACUAACGGUAGCUGCUCGCAGUGCAUUCUCAGACAGAACUAGCACUCUGUUGACUGUGCAAACACUAAUGUCGGAUUUAACAACCUUGAAUACAAGGGUUGAGAAACUUGAAGCUGCAUCCUCAAAGAUAUUUGGUGGUGACAGAUCAAGACUCCGUAAAGUGGAUGAACUAAGAGAAACAAUAAGAGUCACCGAGGAUGCAAAAAGCUGUGCAAUAAGAGAGUAUGAGAGGAUAAAGAAAAACAACCGGAAUGAGCUUGAUAGGCUAGACAGAGAAAAGCAUGAUGAUUUUCUCAGCAUGCUGAAAGGGUUUGUAAUAAAUCAGGUUGGAUAUUCUGAAAAGAUUGCAAGUGUCUGGGCUACCGUUGCGGAAGAAACUAGUAGAUAUGCAAGAGAAAACAAUUAGCAUCGGACGGGGUCUUCCCGGAGGCAAGUGAGAUGGGUGAAUGUGGUGGCGACGAUGAAAAUGGUAAAACCUGCCUUGGCUCACUCGAUUGCUAAUCACAUAAGAGAAAUGCAUGAUUAAGAUAUGCGAAGGCAGAAUAUAUAUAAUGUUAGGAGCAUUUCGUUUAGAGGGACUUCUUUUCCCCUUCCCAGAUAGAUAGAAUGGAAAAUGCUGACCUGUCCAAAAACACUCCAUUGCGUGUCACCAGCUCCAAAGGGCCGUCUCCGUCGCCAUGAUCAUGACGUAGUGUCGGUCGUGAGAGACAUUCCUUGUUCGGCAUGGAGAGCUCUUGGCGAGCACAGGUAGACGGCAAUCACUUGCCCAAACAUAUACGUAUGUUUGGACUAAUCAACAAUAGAAUAUCAAUAAAUAAUAUAUAAUACACCAAAUUUACAGAGUUCGAGGUUUCUUACCU